AUGGUACAAACCAAGCAAUCAAAACGAAGAAUCCUGAUCAUUGGUAGUGAUGUGCUGAUGAAGAAGCUGUCGAUUAAGGCUGAAUGGAAGUCAGAUCUGAUUCGAUAUGCUUUUGAGCUGCUGAAAAAUCCUUUAUGGAAGAGGAAUUACGACAUAUUCGGUAUUGACGAGCACAUUCAUGUUCUUGAUAGUAUCAAGGAGCGACAUGCUGGGACAAUUUUUUCUGAAAUUGACCUUCCAUUGCUGGAGUCUGCUUCCUUUGAUCUAGGAGAUCAUGAUUUUGAGGUCAUCACCUCUGGGAAGUUUCUGUCUAAGUUUGAAAAUUCAAAGGCAUUGCUAAUUCAGGUAUUUUCAUUUGGGAGUAACCGCUCUGCACAAUUUUCUAAUAACUGGAAGAAAAUUGCUUCUCUGUUGGAUGGCAUGGCAAAUACUGGAAUGGUUGAACUUGGAGAAGUUCAGCUUGCUACUUACCUUGCUGAGAAGACAUUUACAGGGCAGCCUUCCUUUCAAAAUGGCUUGCCUUCACUCAUUGCAUUUCCCUCUGGAUGUAACACUGCAAAUUGUCUAAUUAGCUACAAAGUUUUGUGGGAAAAAGCAGUCCUCAUAAGGUUUGGAGUGGAAUCUGCACCUGCAAUUGUAUUUUUAAAAGAACAUGGUGUUAAACCUGUUGUGUACCAUGGACCUGCCAACAAUUCAUGGUUUGUAGAUAUAAUGGAACAGAAUAAACAUCAAGAGCUUCCACAAUUGAGAAGUGUGACGUCCAUGGAGCUGGGUUGUCAUGCCCGUGGCUAUUCUCGUGCUGGAAAUGUAACGGCAAUUUGGUACUGUGUUAUUCUAUCAGGAAGAUCAAGCCCAGAACUCAACAAAAUGCGUGCAACUCUGCGCAGGAUCCAAGAAGCACUGUCCGCAGUUGAUAACGAUCAGCCAUCGUCGUCAGCGGCUGUUGCACUGAAGGAAAAGCGGUUGACAUUUACCUGGCUUGAUGGGGAAGCCCAACAAAGAGCAAAAACUCCUGCACUUGUUCCCGAAGAUGCAGAUCCUAUUUGGUCAGUAGGUGCCAAAACCAUUCUAUCCAAAGGGACAGGAAUGAAACAGAGAAUUGGUAGCAUCAUGAAUGGAAUCCACAAUCGCCUGGGAGAUCCAAGGAUCGGCCCAGUCUUACUCUUGGGAGCAUUGAUGUCUUUUGGUGGUAUCUGGCUACGAAGGAGCCAAUCAACUCAUCCAAGUCAAUCAAAUAAUAAAACUCAACUGAGCAAAAAAGUAAGUCAUGGCAGAUUGUGCUCCUGGGAGCAUUGUCAUUGUUAUUUUUUGUUCCAGCUAUUAUCUUCAACUCCAAUCCAAUGUAAUUUCAUUGAUAUUCUUCUGACUCAUGAUUAUUCCUUUCUUUUAUUUCCCUUUUCUACUUUUCAGCAUCACUAUUUUCCUUGUAAUUACUUUUUAUAUAUGUAA